UAGACUUGAGUUACAUUAAAAGUGUCUCCCACCAGCACCAGCGUGUACAGCGCAGGAGUUUGAGACGCAUGAAUGUAGAACACAGGCGGAUCUCGCGUCGCGUUAUUUAACGUGCCCACCUACCUCGCAGAUAACACAUAUCGACAGCGUCUUACGUACGAUGGACCUGCACAUCUUGGACCACCGAUUAAGGGUGACAUCCAUCAGCAAAACUGGACUGGAACGUUACACUCAUCCUCUUAUCAAACUGAUAUUUCUGAGAAACAGGACGAGAUGCAAAUUUUUCAGUCUGACGGAGACUCCAGAAAACUACACAGUCGUCCUAGAUGAGGAGGGAUUUAAAGAACUACAGCCGUCGGAGCAUCUACUGGUGGAGGCGUCCAUCUGGCUCCCGCUCAAUGUCGUCUCUAAUGGAAACGCCUCCAGCAGUUCGCAGGCUGUGGGCGUCACCAAGAUCGCCAAGUCCGUUAUCGCUCCUUUGGCCGAGCAGCACGUGUCAGUCUUUAUGCUGUCUACGUACCAGACAGAUUUUAUUCUGGUGCGAGAGAAGGACCUGUCAGUGGUGGUGGAGACUCUGGAGGAGGAGUUUAAUAUUUUCAGAGAAGAGGGGGGCGAGUCUGUGCCAGUUCAGAGUCAGGACGCCUGGGAGGGCCUCCAGAGAAACGGCAGAGAGGUUAUGCAUGCGACGGUUCAUCCUGUGCUGAUUCCAGAGAAUCAGUUCUGUGUUAUGAGUUUGGAUCCAGACACACUGCCAGCGAUCGCCACCACGCUCAUAGAUGUUCUGUUUUACUCGAACAGUCCUGAAGAGGGCGCCAGUGUGAACCAGAACAUGGAAUGCAUCAAAUUCUUCUCGUUCAGCUUGAUCGAUGGCUACGUUUCUUUGGUGAUGGACACAGAAGCACAGCGACAAUUCCCGGCGGAUCUUCUGUUCACCAGCUCUUCCGGUGAGCUCUGGAGGAUGGUGAGAAUAGGAGGGCAGCCUCUCGGCUUUGAUGAAUGCGGGAUAGUCGCUCAGAUAUCACAGCCUCUCGCAGGCAGUGAUAUAUCAGCUUAUUACAUUAGUACCUUCAGUUUUGAUCAUGCUCUGGUGCCUGAAGAAGAUAUAGUCAGAGUGACGGAGAUGCUUCGAGCUCAAAGGAAAGACGUUCCCCGCUGAGGCUCUUGUUUUGAUCGUCCUCUUUGAAGAGAAAAGAAAACCGAGAAACACAGUGGACGGUGAGCCACUGAAACAGUAUUAGUCCUGAUCGUCUUGCUUUUACAAUCUCCCUUCAAAACACUGGGAAUUACAAAACUUUACAGAACGUAUACGCAGGCGUUACAGUCGGGUCAUAUCACGUGUCAGUGCACUGAAGUAAGCUCAUUUUGGGAUGAAAUGGUUACCCGUUCUCGGAAAGAUCUCUCUUUAUUUCGGACACGGACGGGACUUUUGAGUCCACACAUCCUGACAGGCCAUCAAAAAAAUGUAUGUAGACUUAAUCUGGAUUUCUUGAUUUGUCUUUUAUUUCCCCUUAAACUAAAGAAAUUAUGUUCAUUCUUAAAUCACUGGCUUGAUGACAGUAUUUGCAUAGUGAGAUAAAGGAAAUUCAAAUGAAAAGUAUGAUGCUUCUGAUCGGGACACCUUUGCUGGACCCAGCUCCGUUGCGGCCUUAAAGUAUCAUACAGUGUUUGAUUUAUGUUAGAAUAAGCUGUUAAUAUCCACUGUUUUUCUUCACUAAUAGUAAACCAAGCACUUGACCAGAUUUAGAAGUAAUCAUUGAAACGAUUGUUUCAAAAUGUUUUGAUUUUUUUUUUUAAUGAUGUGAGGAGAUGCUUAUCAUUUCAGGCAUCUGGAGUUUCUGAGAAAAUGUGUUGAGACCAGCAGAGAUGCACUGAAUGAAAAUAUCUUGUUGGCACAAUCAAAAAAUGAAUGCAGAAUUUAUACGACUCCUUUAAGAGAUCAAUGGAAGUAUCUCUUUGUUACGAAGCAAGCUCUGUGUUUUUCAGAGAGCUUUUGAUUCAGAAACACUAUAUCUAAACAUACAGAAUAUUUCAUUUAUCAUUAGUGUUGUGUUGUUCAGCCCUAUUUCAGUUUUGUUUCUGUGUGUUUAGGCAAGUUUUUUUUUUCUUUAGAUUCACUAUGUUUAGGGCACUUAAUGCAGCUUAAGACCGGUCUCUCUGAGACCGUCUGAUAGAAGACUUUUGUAUGUAAAGUAAAACUUUGUUAAAGAAACACCAGUGCCAUCGAGGAAUGUUUUUCAUACGUUUAUUUCAUCUCGUGUUCUGUCUUCACUCUCACAAUAUCGGCACAUGCGGAUGUUACUGGUGUGCAAAUAUUGGUUUGUCAAGGUCAAUACUAAUGAUUCUGAGGGUGUUAUCCUUUGUUUUUCUAGAAUAGGCUCAAGUCAUUUUUGGUAUAUUUUAUACCGUGUCAAAAAAAGUAUUGCAUACUGUGUUUGUUACCGUGCUGCUUAUUCAAUAAAUAACCAUAAAAAUACUCUGUUUUUCUGACAUGUUUUUCCUGUUGAUUAAAAAUCUAGAUUCAGUUAUAUAUGAUGACUAGAGCAUAAUUAAAUGUAAAUGAGUAAAUGAGUUAGCGGUCUAUCUAAGAAUACUUUCAUAAUGGGUCAAUAAAAAGAAAUAAUUCACCCAAAGACAACAUCUGUUUCAUUUUUUAUUCAUUUUUUUGUCGUUUCAAAAUCUGUAUACAACUCCUUUGUUUAACACAAAGGAAGAUAUUUUGAGGAAUGUUCCAGUGGUUUUGUGUUCACAAAUGGGGGAUCGGUUUUGUUUGGUUAUCAACAUUCUUCAAAAUAUUUUCUUUGUGUUUUGCUAAAGAAAGAAAGUCAUACAGGUUUGAUAUGGCAAGA